CCUCACACUUCCACUACCUUCGUCCUCCACUCCGAUAUUUUCGUUAGUCUGUAAAAUUGUUCAUUAUUUGCACAAUGGCGGACGAGGCAGUUGUGCCGAGGAUCGAGCUUGCCGCAGCAAGAGGGCCCAUUCCGACAUUUUCAGCCCAUCUCAUGCCAUUCCACGUACAAUACAGCGGCCCUGCGCCUGUAACAACGUACUUUCGCGUCAAGCCAUCUAUAGAUCCCUCACAGGCAACAGGCGCGUCCAUCGACGCGUCGAAGAACGGCUCGCGACAGACCGCGGAAAGAGUGGAGGCGGUAGACUCACAAGAGACCCUGGUCGGGGGCUGCCCUUCCUUAGAUCCCGCACCGAGCACCUCUUCCGUCACGACUCUUACCGGGAAUAUAGAGACGUCUCAGAUGAUCGACGAGACAGCCACGCCGAGUGGAAAGCACUUUGUUGCGGCCUUUAGGGGUCGAACUGUACGCGGUACCAAAAUCGACCUGCCUGAAGGCUUUGCGGGUAUCGUCCUUAGCACACCGGAGAGCACGCAAAUGAAGCCUGCUGUUUCUGCCAAAGCGUUGGCAAAGGACCGGCGGAGAACAAGAGCGAGAAAGGCAGCUUCGAAAAAGCAGGCUGUGCAGGCUGAUGAAGUAGAGGAGGAGGAAGCAGACGCCAGCAUGGAAGGUGUCGAGGUACACUCAGGGCCGGUGAAGAUCCUGGAGGUGAAGGGGACGUUCGCAUCGUUCACGCUAUGGCACCCCGACGUUCCUGUGGACGAAGGCAGUGACGAGUACUUGCGGUCGCUGACUGAAUGGACAAAGAUAGCUGCUGAGGUGCGUCUGCGGUUUCUCGAGACCCAGGCGGUCACAGCUGACCGGUACGUAUGA